AGUUUACUGAAAACCGCUUUUAACUUCACAAGUAGCCGGUGGGCGCCAAUUGAUGCCAAGUACUAAAUAGCUUACCGACAUCUUUCAGUAAGUUUGUUUACAAACAGUUCGUGAGCGGGAAUGUGAGCUUAAUUCAAGUUCAAGUACAACAUACAACAAAUUCAUUUUGGUAACAAGUUCGCGGGACUUAAGUGAUGUUAGUGUGUCACGUUAUUGGUUUGAUUAAUUAAAGAUUCAAUCGCAUUUAUUGUGAUAAUUGUGUGUAUUCAUUUUGGAAAAUUCUUGUAUCUACCAGUAAGAAGACGAAGAUGAAAUGUUCCAAGUGAUUCAAGUCAACCAGCAACCGAAAUGGAUUUAGUGACCUACAAUCUGUUUAUCAAAUACCAGUGACAAAUACUCUGAAAAAUUCAAAAUGCUCUUGAUAAAUGCAGGAAGCUUAAAAAAUAUCACAAACUUUUCUUUUAGCGAUUACAGUAUUAUUUCAAUUAAUGAAAGUAGUGAGAAUGAAGAAAAUAUUAAUUUAUACCCCUUUUCGGUAGUUCUUCCAUUUACCAUAAUAUAUGCCAUAGUUUUCGUUAUGGGUGUAUUAGGAAAUAUAAGUACGUGUAUAGUGAUAGGAAAAAAUAAAUCUAUGCAGACAGCUACAAACUAUUAUUUAUUUAGCUUGGCAUGUUCAGAUAUGUUAUUAUUGGUAUCUGGCUUGCCUCCAGAAAUGUAUAGAAUAUGGUCACCAGACAAUUAUAUUUUUGGUCAAGCUUUUUGCAUGAUCCAAGGAAUGGCAGCUGAAACAUCCGCAAAUGCGACGGUGUUAACCAUAACCGCUUUCACAGUAGAACGAUACGUUGCUAUCUGCCAUCCUUUCCUGGCACAUGCUUGGUCUAAACCCAGCAGAGCUAUCAAAUACAUUAUUGUCAUAUGGAUUGUGGCUUUGGGGUUAGCUAUUCCACAAGCUAUUCAGUUUGGAGUCGUUGACGAGGAACAGAACGGUAAUAUUGUUAGGUUAUGUACUAUGAAGAACCCUUUUUUUGAUCACGCUUUCGAGAUUAGUACCUUUGUCAUCUUUUUCGUGCCCAUGAGUCUAAUUUCUAUUCUGUAUAUUCUUAUUGGCAUUCAGUUAAGAAGAUCUACUAACAUUGGAUCGUCCAGACCAAAAACUACUAAUACCAGUGGAGCACAAGAGGAAUUUGGUAGAAAAAGCAAUAACAGAAACACUGCCGCCCAAAAAAGAGUGGUUAAAAUGUUGGUUGCUGUUGUAGCUGCUUUUUUCAUUUGCUGGGCUCCAUUCCACGCUCAACGGCUGCUGGCAGUUUACUUAUCUACAGCUUCUAUUGAAACUCAAGAAAUGUUCUCUGAUUUUUACUUGUAUUUGAUGUAUGUCUCCGGUCUGCUUUACUUUAUAUCUACCACAGUAAAUCCAGUUCUCUACCAUAUCAUGUCAAAGAAGUUUAGAACCGCUUUUAAGGAUACUUUCAGUCAACUAUGUGGGUGUAGAACAACUUCUAGAGGUCAUUACGCUGCUAUAAGAAGGGUUCCGCCAAAUAUGCGAGAAAUACCUAGAUCAGUAUCCGAAGGGUUACCUAAUAAUACUAAUUUGAAAAAUACUAAGAAGCACCCUAACUCCAAGUUUUCUGAUAGUAGAGGUAGUAGUUUUAUAUCAAACGCUAGUAGAACUACAUCGCUCUACGACAGAAAUAGGUCCAUAGCUAGUGAGCACGGUGGAUUGCCGGAUAGAAAAAAGUAUUUUAUAUUGCCGUUGAGUUUAAGUAAAAUAUUUUCUAGAAAGGGAUCAGAGGGUUUUAAUAACAGUACUAUUAGUAAUUCCAGUUUGAAAGAUACUGAUGUUACAGAGUUUACACAUGUGGAUUUGGUUAAGAAUAUGAAUGAAAUAAAUGAUAAUAUAAAAUGA